AUGGCCGCUCCCCAAAUUCCUUCCCAGCAGUGGGCUCAGAUCUUCGAGAAGACCGCUGGUCCCAUCGAGUACAAGCAGAUUCCCGUCCAGAAGCCCGGUCCCGAUGAGGUCCUCGUUAACGUCAAGUUCUCCGGUGUCUGCCACACUGAUCUCCACGCCUGGCAGGGUGACUGGCCCCUCGACACCAAGCUGCCCCUUGUUGGUGGCCACGAGGGUGCCGGUGUUGUCGUCGCCCUCGGCGAGCUUGUCAAGGAUCUCAAGAUUGGCGAGAAGGUCGGUAUCAAGUGGCUCAAUGGCUCUUGCUUAAGCUGCUCUUACUGCCAAAACGCCGACGAGUCUCUCUGCGCUGAGGCUCUUCUCUCCGGUUACACCGUCGAUGGUUCUUUCCAGCAAUACGCUGUCGCCAAGGCUAUCCACGUUGCUCGCAUCCCUGAGGAGUGUGACCUCGAGGCCAUCUCCCCUAUUCUUUGCGCCGGUAUCACCGUCUACAAGGGUAUCAAGGAGUCUGGUGUCAAGGCCGGUCAGUCUCUUGCUAUUGUCGGUGCUGGUGGUGGUCUCGGUUCCAUUGCUGUCCAGUACGCUAAGGCUAUGGGCAUCCACGCCAUUGCCAUUGAUGGUGGUGAGGAGAAGGAGAAGAUGUGCAUGUCUCUCGGCGCUCAGACCUUCAUCGACUUCACCAAGACCAAGAACAUUGUUGCCGAUGUCAAGGCUACUACCCCUGAUGGUCUCGGCCCUCACGCUGCUCUUCUCGUCGCUGCUGCCGAGAAGCCCUUCCAACAGGCUACCCAGUACAUCCGAUCUAAGGGCACAGUCGUCUGCAUCGGUCUCCCCGCUGGUGCUCAAUUCUCUGCUCCCGUGUUCGACACUGUCGUUCGCAUGAUCCAGAUCAAGGGAUCCUACGUCGGUAACCGUGCCGAUACUGCUGAGGCCAUCGACUUCUACCGCCGUGGCCUCAUCAAGGUUCCCUUCAAGACUGUUGGUCUCUCUGAGCUCAACGACGUCUUCAAGCUCAUGAAGGCUGGCCAAGUUGUCGGUCGCUAUGUCGUUGACACCAGCCGAUAA